AUGAGUGACUAUGAUAUUCAACAUCGUUCGUCAUUAGAAAUAUUUCCUGAUGAACUUUUCUUUGAACUUUUUGAAUAUAUUCCUAUAUAUGAUUUAUAUCGAACAUUUUUUGGUUUAAAUCAACGAAUUAAUUGUAUACUAGAAAAUUUAUCAAAUCUUUUUGCUGAAUGGACAACAAAUUCUGACGAUGAAAUUAUUGAUAAAUUUUCAUCGUGUAUUAGUCGACUUAUUAUUUGGCGUGGUGGUUAUUUAAAUUUAAAUCGUUUUCAUAAACUACGUUCAUUAAAAUUAUGUUUACCAACUAUUGAACAAUGUAAUGAAAUUCAACCAUCAUUAACACUUGAACAUUUACAUAUUGAAUCAUCAGGUAAUAAAAAUACAAUAACAGAUCAAUUAUCUUUAUUAUUAUUAACAAAUGCAUUUCCACGUCUUCGUAUAUGUCGAAUAGAUGAAAUUAAAUUUGAUAAAGAAAAUUGUCAACAAAUACCAACACUUCAUACAUUAAUAACACGAACACAAUCUCCGGAAAAAUUAUUUUCUUUAUGUCCUAUGUUAACUUAUUUACGAUUAAAUUUAAAAGAAAAUAUUACGGAAUCAUUAGAAUUUGAAUCUUAUUUAAAUCUUCGUCAUCUUGAACUUGGUAUUUAUUCAACUGAAAUAACAAUAUCAACAAUUGAAACAAUUCUUUCAUUAAUACCAAAUAUAACACGAUUUACACUUGAUGGUCCUUGUAAUCCACCACCACAAAAUAAAAUCGAUAUUUGUUCAUUAGCACCACUAUUAACUCGUUAUUUAACAAAUUUACGUAUCAUUCAUAUAAGUCUUCCAUUAAAUGAUAAUCAUUUAGAUCCAAAAGAAUUCGAAAAUGAAAAAGAAUUAUUAAAAAAACUUCAUCCACUUUUCAAUCAAAUUAUAUUUCGUUCACGAUCAUAUUAUGCACCAGGACGAUUACUUAUUUCAUCAAUAACUGAUAAUCAUAAAUCUACUCGCAUGUAA